UCUGGGAGGUGAGAAGACCAAACGGAGAGCUGCCUUGGGGAACAGUGGAGAGGUAAGCUGCUCCUGGUCUGGAUUUUUUUCCUGAUUCCUUUUUUCUCAAUCCAAAAGAGCUGAAUUUUAGAGUCCUUGGGGUUGGGAAGAUCUAACCAGGUAUACAGAAGACCUUCCUCUUCAAAAUUCAGAUGAAGAGGCAGCAUACUGUAACCAUUUAUACAGUGCUUUCAGUUCUCUAACUAGAUGUUUUCCACAACAUUGGUGAAGUAUGGCACCAGUGUGCUCACAUUACAAGCAGGAAACAAGCAUGGAAAAGGGCUUUUCCAGGAUUUGAAUUCCGGACGCUGACAUCAAAGACUUCCACAACCUGCUGGUGCUGAACUGAGAACCAUUAACGUGGACUCCGAGGUCCACUCCGCAUUAAGGGUAGAGCGACACGGGCGUCCUUUUUUACCACUCUCCAGCAGCCUUCCUUCCGUGUCCCAGAUGUAAUGGCUGAAGAGAUGGAGCUCAGCAAUGGGACCUCAGCUAGGGAAGGGGCCGAGACUGCUGUGAUGAUCAACUCGGGGGCCAUGGAGAAUCACUGCUCUGACAAGGCUUUUCCUUUGUGCGUGCGCAGACUGCGCAACCUGGCUAUAGCUAGCAUCGUCUGUGGUUGUUCCUGCAUUGGAGUCCUAGCCCUGAUCUAUGCAGUCAAGGCUAGGGAGAAACAAAAAGCAAAUUCCAGCAAAGAAGCCGCCUACUGGGCUCGGAAGUCCCAGCGUUUGUCUUUCCUAAGUAUUGGUGUCUGGGUCUCUCUCCUCCUCCUGGUCCCCUUGUCAAUCAUCCUCUUUUCCUACGCCUUCUCUCAAGCUGAAUGAUGUUCCUAAUUAACAUGUGCCAAGAUUCAUCUUUUUUUGACUCUGGAAAUGGAGCUACUUAAUCUACUGCCAUUUACUGAAUGACAUGAUGUCAGAAAAAGACAUGUUCGUUUAUUGUUGAGGGCCUGGGGCUACGGACAAGGCACCAUUGCAUGUUUAUGGAUGUAGAUAGUGCUGGAGAAGAUGUUAUAAAUCUUGUUCCGUUGCAGCCAAAGGACUUAAUUCAGUAGCAUACUUGAGUUAGGCCUGUGGCACAGAUGUGGGAUAAGCCUUGAUUUAGACUUUGCUGAUGCAUGAACAUGACUUAGGAGCCGGGUUAAGAGAGACUGAAGCCACAUCAUUCUCCUCCUGUGCUAUUUUUCUUUCAAAAGUUGCUGUGUUUAUGCGUUGUUUUCUUUGGAUACUCGUCCUACGAGCUCCUUUGGACCAAAUGCACAGAAUACUCAACUUGGAUCUCAGAAACCUGAUUUCAAAUCACUGGUUGGUGAUAAGACUCCCUUGGUUGUUUUGAGCAUCAUUCCUUCACUGAUAAAAAUGAGAAACUCUAAUCCUAAGGAUACUUUUCUACAGUCCUAAGGACACAUUGAAUAACAUGGCACUUAUGAGCAGACCUGCUUGGAAUUGGUCACAUUGUGGUCUCUCCCUUUCGCGGAUGAUGGAAGAGUGAAUGAAGUAAAACUAUGCAAAACCAAAUUAUUCAGAACGGCUUUCUUACACAGAGGUAAUAAGGCCAUGCUGUAAGGUAUGAUUAAGGAGAUGUAUCAAUAAAUAAAGGUAUGCAGACGGUAGACUAUAUUGUUAUGUACUGUUACUGUUGUUUAUUGUGUCAUGUGAAAUUGCUUAUAUUUUGUGUCAACGUUGUGUCAGCUCUAUCAGAUUUCAGCUUGUAUUUGAAUUGUUCUGAAAUCUAUACCCUAUUGUCUUGCUUAUUGAAUGUCCCGGGUGCUGAAUGUUUUGAAUUAUACUUUGUAAUCUGCUUUGAGUCUCGAUGAGAAAGGUGGAUUAUAAAUAACAUAAAUAAAUAAAACCACUUUAAGCCCUCCGGAGAAGGAAAAUAACUAGUAACAAUUUGUAGGGACCCGUCUUUUUGCUGCCGUUAAUGUUACUUGAAAUGUACUUAUCUUGUAUAUUCUGAUGGGUCCUCUCUGUGGUGACUGUUGUCUAAAUGCAGAUUCAAGUGAAAUGUUGCUGAUUAAAUAGAA